UCACCCCUCCGAUUAUUAUUAUACACGUAUAAAAACACCAUAAAGAGCACCAUCUUUUUUCUAAUAUCUCUGGUUGUCAGGCAAUUUUCUCGUUUAACCCUAGGGGUGGAAUUGGAAGAAUCGGUGCGCGAAUUUGGUCUCGUUUCAGGAACAGGACGGCUGAACAAUGGAGAAAAACGACACGGGAUGCCAAGCCACUCUAGAAGCUCCGAUCCUUUGUGUCAACAACUGUGGAUUCUUCGGCACCCCAGCAACCAUGAACAUGUGUUCAAAGUGUCACAAAGACAUGAUCUUGAAGCAAGAAGAGGCUAAACUUGCCGCAUCUUCGAUUGAAAGCAUCGUCAACGGACAAAACAUCAACAAAACUACGGUGCUACCCAAUUCAGCAGGGUCAGAGGUGGCUCUAUCGACCCAACCGUCUUCUGCACCACAAGUUCAAGCCGAGAGCAGUGAGAAGCCGAAAGAAGUUCAGGGUCAGGGCCAAGGUCCUUCUAGAUGCACAACAUGCAGGAAACGUGUGGGUUUAACUGGUUUCAGUUGUCGAUGUGGGCAUGUUUUCUGUUCUGUUCAUCGGUACUCCGACAAGCAUGACUGCCAGUUUGACUACCGGGCCACUGCAAAAGAUGCGAUAGCUAAAGCUAACCCUGUGGUGAAGGCGGAAAAGCUUGACAAGAUAUGAAGCAGUCGAGAAACACAUGUUGGUUUGUUAUAGUUGCUUUAUAUGGUUCUGGUGUGUGGUGACUGAUGAAAUGAUAUUUAGGGUGGCGUGGCCUUUGCAUACCAAUGAACUCUUGCAUCUUGUUUUAUCAUCCGAGUUUAUGUCAAAGUGGUUGUCUUAUGCUUUGGUUUGAUUGAUGUUUGUUGUGGUUCAUCUUGUGCUUUGUCUCGUCUUUCUUUCAUAUGUGGAUAGUCGAGUUUCUUGAUUGUGUCAUGUCGUGUUGUGUCGUGUCGUGUCGUGUGAUGUCGUGUUGUGUCGUGUCGUGUCAUGAUGUUGAUGGCUAAUGUGAUCCGAGUUCCAUGUCAUUAUGAAAUUAAAUAAAAUGGGUGUCU